GCCUCCCACUUCUUCUCUUCAUGGAGGAGGCUAGGAAUCUCCAUAUUCCUGCAAGCAAAGAAUCAGCAACCAGUGAAUCUUCCUCACCUAAAGCCUUACUUAUUCUUCGUCCUCCCCUGCUCUAUUCCUCACAGAACCCUUUCCGCGUUCUUUCUGGCACUCUCAGUCGAGGGAUGGAAUGCCGCGGCCAUGGCUACUGGAGCCAUGCCCUCCUCGUCACCCUCGUCUCCUCCGCUGUCAUUCUCCUCCUCUUUGCCUUCAACCACUGUUCGAGUCCGAUCAGUAUGCCUGCCCCCUCAGCCUCGGCUGCCACUGUCGAGCUGCUACGCCUCGCCGACUCUAUGCUCCUUUCGCCGCCGGCCAUGCCGAUCGCUAGAUCUUCGCAAAACCUAGCCUCUAAUGCCAGUCUUCUCGACGAUCAUACCGUUCAUUCUGAAGGAACUCACCGUCAGAAGCAGAAGAACGAGAAGAAGAAGAAAAAGAGCGAUGGCGAUGAUGGCACGGUGGAAGAGGAACUGGCCAUGGCACGGGCGGCGAUCAGAAGAGCUGCAUCCCGACGAGCAAACGCCUCCUCGGUUCCUGCUCACGGGGAAGACGUGCCUCUACUAUCUACCAUCUACCGGAACCCCACAGCAUUCUUCCGGAGCUACACGGAGAUGGAGAGGAGGUUCAGAGUGUAUGUCUACGAAGAGGGGGAGCCGCCGCUGGUGCACGAGGGGCCAUGCAAGAACAUCUACACCACCGAGGGGAGGUUCAUAGAGGAAAUGGAGAUCACCCGCCCGGACUCCGGCGGCAGACGACGGCUAAGGACAUGGGAUCCGGCGCGAGCUCAUGCGUUCUUCCUCCCCUUCAGCGUCACCAACAUGGUCCACUUCAUCCACCGCCCGUCGCCGUACGACCACACCACGUUCAAACGAUUCGUCGCCGACUACGUCGACGUCAUCGCGUCGAAGCAUCCCUUCUGGAAUCGCUCCGCCGGGGCCGAUCACUUCAUGCUCUCCUGCCAUGACUGGGGUCCUCAUGCAUCAAGAUCCAAUCCUAACCUCUACGAGAACUCCAUCCGAGCCCUUUGCAACGCCAACACCUCCGAAGGCUUCGAUCCACGGAAGGACGUCAGCAUCCCGGAGAUCAACCUAUACACCGGUCACGUCCCCCGCCAGCUCCUGUCCCCUCGGCUCCCCGGCCUCGCUUCCCGCCCCUACCUCGCCUUCUUCGCCGGCGGCCUUCACGGCCCCAUCCGCCACCUCCUCCUCCGCCACUGGAAGGGCCGCGACGCCGGCCUCCCAGUUCACGAGUACCUCCCCCAUGGCCUCGACUACUACUCCUUCAUGCUCAGGUCCCGCUUCUGCCUCUGCCCGAGCGGGUACGAGGUGGCGAGCCCCAGGGUGGUGGAGGCCAUCUACGCCGAGUGCGUGCCGGUGAUCAUAUCGAAGAGCUACGUGCUGCCGUUCAGCGAUGUGCUGAGGUGGGAAUCGUUCUCGGUGUCGGUCGCGGUGGAGGACAUACCGAGGCUGAAGCAAGUCCUGGAAGGCGUAUCGAUGGCGGAGCUGAGUAGGCUGAGGGAUGGGGUGAAGGCAGUGAAGCGCCACUUCAUGUUGAACCAACCAGCUAAGAGGUUUGAUGUGUUCCAUAUGAUCCUGCACUCGGUGUGGCUGAGGAGGCUCAACAUAAAGCUGGUGUGAGAGCUUUGGAGCUUUCCGGCUGAAUCAAGAUCUUCCUCUUUUUCUUCCUAAUGCCAGUUUUGCUGCUGCUGUUAAUUUUCGCUUGCUCGGUAGAUCAAGAAAGAUGAGGUCUGUAAUAUGUUUUGGUUAGUAUGUGCAAAUAUGCAAU